UUCAGUUGUAACACAGACUGUUUAGUUUAGUUUAUUAGUUAGUAAACAAAUGUAUUCUUCAUAUUUGAUUUUUCGUUUGGACUACUAACUUCACUUGUCAGAUGUCACUCGCUUCUACGUUUUGGCGCUUUACUCUUCGUUAUAACACAUAACUUAUUUAAUAAUUUUGGUUAUAAUUUAUUUUUUUAAAAUUGUUUAAUUAUUUAAUUAAUUUAAAUAUAUUAUUUAAAGUGCUGUGGAUUUAGUAGGCUAAAUUUACGCACGUUACUUUCUAUUUUACAAAUAUACAUUAUUAAAAUAAAGUUUUAAACAUGCGCGUUGAUUGGACAUUUUAGACCAAUGUAUUACACAUCAAUUAAGUAAUAAUUCUGGAUUUCCAACGAUGUCUACUGCUACAAGUAGUGAUAAUUCAGACAUUGCUAGUAGAAUUCAAAAAAUAGCUGAUAAAUUAUACGAAGAAAGUGGAUCCAACGUUAUAGCACGCAAAAUUGUCUGUACUGAAAACGUUUUAGACGACCCAUACGAUAAGAAAAAACUUUCUGAAUUAUCUAUCUCAUCGUCCAGUAGUUCUUCAGAUUCAAAUAGUUCAGAUUCUGAUACUGACAAUAGUUCAGACUUGGACGAAGAAGAGAACAAUAGAUCAGAGAAGAAGUAUCGAGAACAAUUGCAAUCUAUUGAAUCACAUUUUGAUUCAUUAAAAGAAAUGUUGUUUAAUGAAAGAAUAAGAGAAGUUGAAGAUAAGUUAGUUGAAGUGAGAUUGGGUACAGCUAAAGAAUACCGUAUACCUUUACAAGAAUUACAAAAUCAAAUGAAAUCUCGACUGGAAGUAGCAACUGUAUUAAGACAGUUCAAAUUAACAAAUCUAAAACAUAAAUAUGAAGCUGAAGAACAGGCAAUACGUCAAAAUUUUGAGAAUAAUAAAGAAAUUUUAUAUGAUACUAUAAAAGCUGAUUUAGAAGAAAAAAUUCAGAGAUUAGAAGAAGCACGUAAUGAAGUAGAUAUAGAUGCUUCUCUUUGGUUAGGUCGUAGUUUAACACGCAGUGGACGUGGACGUGGAAGACGACCCUAUGGUCAUGUACAACCCAAGCGGAAACCAGUUAUUGUAUCUGGACCAUGUAUAGUCUACAACCUCAAAGAACAUGAAAUACUUGAAGAUUGGACCACAAUUAAAAAGUUGCUAUCAUCGUCAAAACGAAAAGAAAAUGCUGAGCAACGAUAUAAACCAUAUAAUUAGAGCAACAAGGUAUUUCAGAAAGUUCCUUUGUUUGUAUUUUAAGUAGGGAAUUAUACCAAAAUUUAACUUUUAUGUACUAAUUUAACAAGUAAGCCCUUUAUAAUAUUAUGUUUUCCCAUUUCUUACACUUGAAACCUUAAAUUAAAAUCAUUCAAUUUAAUAUAUUCUUGGUAUCUCUGUUUAUAUCAAGUUAUUAAUUGACAACAAUUUUUAUUCUUCUCUUCCUAGUCAAAUAAAUAUUAGAAUGAUUUAAAACGGGGUUUCUAUUUGAAUUAAAAAACUUAUAUUACCAUUUUAACACUUAUAGAUAUAAUUAUUUAUUAAAUUGUUAGUGUUGUAUGAUAAAUUAAUUGUUUUCAGUCUUAACUGAGUUGAGAGAUCUAUGUACCGGAAAUCUUUUCUACCAACUUUGCCAUCUAAUCUUAACCAUUACAACAACUAUUAUGUUAUAAAAUAUUAUAAUUUUUCCAUGUGAUUCAAAUUAUAAAGUGUUGCAUAUAAU